AUGGAUUUCGUCAAGAAGGCCGCUUCCGGUAUGGGCAGCAACCACAACAACGCCCAGGCUCAAGGAGGCCAGCAGGACGACUACGUUGACAAGGCCUUCGGUCAAGCCAACAAGAGCCAGGGCUGGGGCCUUACCAGGGAGAAGCAAGAGAAGAUCACCGACGGUGGCCGUCAAGUCUACGAGAAGGUCACGGGCAACAAGGUGGAUCCCAAGUACUCCAACUAA